AUGAACAACACAAUAGGAGAUGGCAUUGAAGAUACUCAAGAUCAUUACAUUGGUGAAAAAAACUUCGAAAAUUAUGGAUAUGGCAUUGGAUUUUCCCUUUUGAUCCUUGUUAUACUUAUACUCAUCACCUAUUCUUCUUACUUAUAUAUUGGAAAAAGAUCAAGUACCAAUAAUGCCUCUUCACAUAAUAUUGUCAACAACACCACAACCAACACAAGUAUAGUUGAAAAUCAAUUGAUUUUCAUUCAACAAGGUCUUGAUGAAACAACUUUGAGAAAUUAUCCAAAAUUACUUUAUUCACAAGCUAAGAGUCACAACAAAAGGGAUUUUUUAAUUUCUUCUGGUUGUUCAAUUUGUUUGGUUGAUUAUAAAGACAAUGAUAAACUUAGACUUUUGCCUGAUUGUCACCAUAUUUUUCAUGUCAAAUGUAUUGACCCUUGGCUUAGACUUCACCCUACUUGUCCAAAUUGUAGAAGUUCUCCUUUUCCAUCUCCUUUGCCUACUCCUUUGGCUGAGGUGGUUCCUUUGGCAACAACAAGGCAAAGUUGAUGAG